AUGGCUGAUUUUAACAAACCAGAGAGAGAGCAACCAGAGCCAGUGGCCUCCUGCAGCAGUCAGAAGCUGUUCCAGAAAGACAGCAUGAUGAAGAAAAUGCAAGAGGAGAACGAAGAGGUGGCUAAAAAGUUGAGAGAGCUUGAGGAGGACACAGAAAGAAUCGAAGCGCUCACUGUGGCAGAGAGGAGAAAUAAUCUGCAGUUAGAUAUGCAGAGAGCUCUAGCAGAGUUUAAGGUGGAACAGAUGGAGAGAGAUAGAGCUAAUCAGAUGCUCAUGAUGGAGUUAAUGAGCACAGUAAAGAAUCUGAAAGAAGCUCAGGAUCACAGAAAUGAGGAGAGAGACACUAAAAGGAGAGACAGAGCAGACGACAGGAACAAUGUCGUUACUCUUAAAUUAGGGGGUGUGGAAGCUAUGUUUUUUGUUGACAGAAAGCAUCAGGACGGAGAGGAGUCCGAGCUGGAGAACGAGAGGAGGAGACGCUCUGCGGCAGAGAGAGAAAUCCAAGAGAUGGUGGCUUCCUGGAAAGAGCAGAGCAGGACCUGGCUUCAGCAGAUGCAGGAGAAAGACCACAUGGUGGAACAACUCAGAGAGGAGAAGAAGGAGAUGGCCAAGAGGAUACGAGAGCUUGAGAAGGAAAACGAGACACAGAAUGAUCUCAGAAAGAUGGAGCUGAAUCAUUUGCAAGAACAAAUGCAGGGAGAAUUUACAGAAUUUAAGAAAGAGAUGGAGGAGAGAGAAAUCACUCACCUGGAGCUGACAGAGCAAUUACUGGCAAAGAUAGAGGAUCUGGAGCAAAACCAGGCUCAGAUAGAAGAGGAGAGAGAGCAGCUCCAGAAGGAAAGACAGAAAGACCUGCAGAAGAGCAGGACAGAGGAUAAAGAAGUCGAGACGGAAAGUCUGUCUGAUGCUAAGAUGGACGCAGAAAUGCAGACUGAAGAGUUUGAAGAGCAAAACAACCUGAAGGUGCAAGAGCUGGAGGAGCAAAACAACCUGAAGGUGCAAGAGCUGGAGGAGCAAAACAACCUGAAGGUGCAAGAGCUGGGGGAGCAAAACAACCUGAAGGUGCGAGAGCUGGAGGAGCAAAACAACCUGAAGGUGCAAGAGCUGGAGGAGCAAAACAACGUGAAGGUGCAAGAGGUGGAGGAGCAAAACAACCUGAAGGUGCAAGAGGUGGAGCAGCAAAACAACCUGAAGGUGCAAGAGCUGAAGAAGCAAAACAACCUGAAGGUGCAAGAGCUGGAGAAGCAAGACAACCUGAAGGUGCAAGAGCUGAAGAAGCAAAACAACCUGAAGGUGCAGGAGCUGGAGGAGCAACACAACCUGAAGGUGCGAGAGGUGGAGGAGCAAAACAACCUGAAGGUGCAAGAGGUGGAGUUGCAAAACAACCUGAAGGUGCAGGAGCUGGAGGAGCAAAACAACCUGAAGGUGAGAGAGGUGGAGGAGCAAAACAACCUGAAGGUGAGAGAGGUGGAGGAGCAACACAACCUGAAGGUGAGAGAGGUGGAGGAGCAAAACAACCUGAAGGUGCAAGAGGUGGAGCAGCAAAACAACCUGAAGGUGCGAGAGGUGGAGGAGCAAAACAACCUGAAGUUGCGAGAGCUGGAGGAGCAAAACAACCUGAAGUUGCGAAAGCUGGAGGAGAGGAACGCUACAUUUCUGCAACACAUCUUGUACAACAAGCAGAAUGCUAACGAGGGUGUGGCCAAACAGCUGCCAGCUUUGAUUCUCCUGCCAGGUGGCUCUCAUCAACCCAAACGUCCAGUUUACACCAAACCACGCUAA